GGUGAGAACUUGACUAUUUGAGAUGGGGCAAAGGGUUAGAAUCUGAAUGCAUGGUUCGUCAAAUUCCAAAUGGUGACGGUGGGGCGGACCAAAAGGGAAAUCGAAAACAACAAAUCAAAUCAACAAUGAUCCCGAAGUCAACAAACGAAGUCUCAGACAAGGCGGCUUAGGCAUACCAUCCGCAACAAGCAGGCACAGGUGGAGGGGGGAGAGAGAGAGAGAGAGAGAGAGAGAGGCGGAAGCGAUGAAUGGUACUGGUGGUGAGGCAGGUGCUGUUCCUGGGCAGAUAACAACACCUCCUCUGCAUCCAGCAAUUGCACCACUGUCAUACUUGUUGGGGACAUGGCGAGGCGAAGGUGAGGGUGGUUUUCCCACCAUCAACUCCUUCAAGUAUGGAGAAGAACUCAGUUUCUCUCACUCUGGAAAGCCUGUUAUAUCUUAUUCUCAAAAGACAUGGAAAUUGGCCUCUGGAGAGCCAAUGCACGCAGAGAGUGGUUACUGGCGGCCCAAACCGGACGGAUCCAUUGAAGUCGUAAUUGCUCAAAGCACUGGUCUUGUGGAAGUUCAGGUAUUGUUUUUUAAUGUUUUGACAUACUGUUAUGUACCUUUCGAUGCUAACUUCUCUGUAAUGUAAUGGGUUUUCUUUUAA